UUACUGUGCAUAUUGGGGGAGAUACACCAGAGCUGUGACUGCAUUGUGGAAUGAACCAUUACAUGAAGCCAGACAAGCCGGGUUAUGACUCCCCCCUGUGACAUCGUUUGGUAAAGUCUGCAGAAGUCAGAUUGAAGCGUUGCUAGGAGACGGCGUGCGGCCUCAACUUGCCUGACCCGAAGACCGCUGCUGAGUGAGGGGGGCGCGGCCUGUGCCUGCAGAGAUUCAACGUAUAACGUCCCGCAACACCGGAGCCCGCAGCGGGAGACUGCGGCCAUUACAGGGGAGAUGUCUUUCUGCCUCACUGAGCUGUACCUGUGGUCUCUAAAGAAUACCUUGCACGUUGGAGAUGAAGAUCUGGGAGUGCAUCAUUAUCACGAAAAGAAGGAAGCAGCUCCUUACCCCGAGUAUGGCUUCAUGGAGGAGAAGCAGCACCUUGCCGAAUCGCGAGGCUUCCCUUGGGUUCUGAGGAACAAGCGCCCAGAAAGGCUUCGAGACAAUCUCACGGAGCUUGAGGAGCUGAUGCAGAGCAAUGACUGUGUGCUCAGUAAAUGGAAGAACAAAUAUGUCUGUCAGCUCCUGCUCAGUUCAGGUGUGCUCGUGUCCAUAAGCCUUUCAGGGCCCCAGCUGGAUAAAUUGGUGAUUGACAGGACCCUGGUGGGAAAGCUCAUUUCCAACCCCAUCAGUGAUGCUGUAUUUACAGACACCUUCAUCAUAUUGUCAUUCCUCAAGGAAAACAAACUUUGUCUUAUCCAGUUUGCUAAAAAGACGGGUUCUCCAGAUAUAAACAAACACAUGGAAAAACUGUCAUCUCUGGAUAUGAAGAUUACUUAUAUAGAGAUACCAGGACCAAAGGUUAGGCACCUAAACCGCUCCCUUGCAAUAAAUUGCGUACAAGACCUUGCCAUUUGCUGGUGGCCAGUACCAAAUGAUGAUGUCUGGCCUUGGACUCCAAUUUUCAGUGAGAUAGACAGAGCCAACAUGGUCCUUUUAAGCUGUGCUAAUAACAAACUAGAGGUAUUAAGCUACAUCCGCACAGAGGGAGAUAUGCUUGAUGCUAGCUUCAGUAUUACUCAGCCAUACCAGGUGUAUACAGUUGAGCACUCCAUGAAUACAGACAAAGAACCUAUGGCUGACAGCUGCAUCUAUGAAUGUGCACGGAGCAAAAUACAAUGUAUAUCAGUCACUAAAAUUCCCCUCAAUUCCAGGCUCAUAAGCUGCAGUAGGAACAUGCCUGAGGACAAGCUUGUUCUCGGUUGUGAAGACUCUUCUAUUAUUCUAUAUGAAUCUCAUCGCAGAGUGACUCUCUUAGCUCAGGCUGAUCUGUUACCUGUGUUAAUUAGAUGGCAUCCUGCCGGAUGUAUAUUUGUGGUGGGCAACAAUCAAGGGGAACUUCAAUUAUUUGAUAUGGCUCUAUCGCCAAUUAAAGUCCAGCUUCUUGCCGAAGACUUUGCUCCAAGAGCCACCCUACAGUGUAGUAAGCAGUUUGUGAUGUCUAGCAACUUGGUGGACAUGAAGUGGACUUUCCCUGGUAACUCCACUCAGUGUACUGACGGUGCAAAUAUUCAUAAUCUUCUGUUUCUGAGAUUUCAUGGAGGACCUUUAGGAAUGCUUCAGCUUAAACUUGGCGCUGUAUCUAGAGGACAGUUGGGCCCUGUGGAGAUUAUUUCGCAGUACCUCCGCUACGAAGAAGUUGAUGAAGCCAUCGCUGUAUUGAGCUGCAUGAACUGGAAUACCGCCGGUCAGCAGUGCUAUACCUGUAUGAGUGCCAUUGUAAAUCAGCUUUUAAGGCAGAAACUUACCCCAGAAAAUGAAGCUCAAUUGGAGGCCUGCCUCGGAACAUUUUAUUCUCCAGCCCGACCACUCUUGGACGUCAUUAUACUGGAAUACAGAGAUCCCAUAAGUAGAUAUGCCCGAAGAUUUUUCCACCAUCUACUGAGGCACCAAAGAUUUGAAAAGGCUUUCUUGCUUGCUGUAGACAUUGGUGCGCGUGAUCUGUUUAUGGACAUCCAUUACCUUGCUCUAGAUAAGGGUGAAUUGGCACUAGCUAAAGUGGCAAAGAAAAAGGCGAAGGAAAUAGAUGCAGAAUCAAUAAACGCUGGAGUUGAUUCAUUGGUGCCAGUAGAUAGACUGGAGAACAUGAAUGAAGCAUUUGUUGACAUGUCUUUGAUGCCUCAAGAUGAAGGGUGGGGGUUAGAAAGACCCUCUGUGGGCUCUACACAGAGGGUUCCAGCCAACAGACAAUUAGUUCACAUAGAGAACGAGAUUGGAAUUGAAGUCUAUGCUGAAACUCUGAAUAAAGCGCUACCUUGGAAUCAGGGUGACGAGAAUUCAACAGCAGAGGAGACAGUUGGCAGUGACUCCCUGAAAGUGGUGCACUUUGGCCUGGUGUGACCAGAACAGACUACAGAACAAGAUGUCAUCUUUAAUAAUCAUUCAUUUUGUCAAAUUUUCCACUGUGCUUUUGAUGGUGUAAAUUUAUAGUAUAUUCAUAGAAAUAUAUAUAUAUAUUUUUUGUAAGUUAUUUUCAAAGAGUAAAUAAAAAUAUGCAAAGUGUA